AUGUCUAGCAUCAAGCUUAAUACUAGUCUUUUCUCAAAACGACUUCGGAAUGUUUACAACUCGUGGAAUAAUGCCGGGAAGGACGAGGAUUACGCCUCUAUAGCCGGAGCUAACGCACUGCUGCUUGCUGCGGGCGAUCCAGCGGGAGAGGACGAGCCCAUCCGGAAGGGAACUGCAUUCCAAACGUGGUUGCUCGGCUUUGAGUUUCCCUCGACGUUCCUCCUGUUUCAGAAGAAUCAGCUAGCCAUCCUCUGUUCAGCUUCAAAAGCGAAAAUUUUGUCGCAGCUCAAAAACGCAGACUCGCCCGUCCCGAUCGAGUUCUUCGUCCAAGCGAAAGCCAAGGAUCCUCCUACAGAUGCCCUUCCCCGCUUCUUCCAAGCCUACGCUGCCCACGAUCAAGUGGCUACGUUGACCAAGGAGCCUCACUCGGGUAAGCUUGUUGACGAGUGGAACAAGCUUCUUUCAGAGGCGGAGAAGAAGCCGGCCGUCGUUGAUAUGGCUCCCGCCAUCGGAUCUCUUCUUGCCGUGAAGGAUGAGGAGGAGCUCAAACAUGCUCGGACCGCUGCAAACCUCACCUCGACGCUUCUUGCUCACUACAUCGCCCCCAAACUGGAGACGAUCCUUGACCGGGAGGCAAAGAUCUCCCAUGAAGCUUUCUCGGCGCAAAUUGAUGCGCGCAUCGGGUAUGGUGAAGGUGACAACACGAAGCCUCCUGACAUGAAGGUUUGGAGCAAAGGUCGUGGCCUCAACGACGUAGACUGGGGUUCCGUGGAGUUCUGCUACCCGGCCAUCAUCCAGUCGUCAUCCACAAGUACCGGCUACGAGAUUGGCCCGUCAGCGGAGUCUACUCAGGAUGAUAUCUCGCACAAGGGCGUGCUUCUGGUGGCCGUAGGAAUGCGAUACAAGAGUUACUGUGCAAACCUGGCGCGAAGCUUCAUUGUGGAUCCGUCCAAGGCAAGCCGAGAGCAAGAAGCUAUCUACGCCCUCCUCGUGUCCCUCCAAGCGGAUCUCUUGCUUCGGCUGAAGGAAGGUGCCGUAGCGAAAGAGCUGUAUCAGCACGCACUAUCUUAUGUCAAGGAGCACAAGCCGGAGCUCGAAUCGCACUUUGUCAAGAACCUGGGCCAUGGCACUGGUAUGGAAUUCCGUGACGCAUCAUACGUACUAUCUGCGAAGAGCAGCCGCAAGCUCCACGCCGGUAUGGUCUUCAAUCUUGUGCUCGGUUUCACCGGUCUAGAGGAGGGCGGCAAAAAGUAUGCUUUGCAGCUCAUUGAUACUGUCCUCAUCGGAGCGGACAAGGGGACGUGCCUGACCACAGGCAUGAAAUCGGUGAAAGAUACUAUGUUCUUCUUGAAUCAGGACGAGGCCGAGUCGUCAAAGGCGCCGACUAAGAAGGCUCCGUCGGCCAAGGCGGGUGUGAACGGCAACGCAUCGCCAGCCAAGAACAAGGUCGCAGGCAGCAAGGUACUGAGGAGCAAGACUCGCAGCGCCGCGCAGGAUGAGGUGGUCCAAUCGAUGAACAGCAAGAUCGCUGAACAUCAGAAGGAACUUCACGCGAAGUUGCACGCGGAGGGUCUCGCGAGGUUCUCAGAGGGCGGCGGAGGAACGGGCGGCAAGGAAGGGAAGGGUUGGAAGCGCUUCCAGAGCUACAAGGGUGAGGCGGCCCUUCCGCGUGAGGUGGAAAACCUCCGGAUAUUCGUUGACAGGAAGUCGCAAUCUGUUGUCUUGCCUAUCCACGGCUAUGCAGUUCCAUUCCAUAUCAAUACGAUCAAGAACGUUAGCAAGAACGAAGAAGCAGAGAUUACACUCCUGCGCGUCAAUUUCCAGACCCCUGGGCAGCUGGCUGGCAGGAAAGAAGACACACCUUUCGAGGAUCCCGAUGCCACCUUCAUUCGUUCGAUCACCUACCGGUCUAUCGACGGCAGCCGCUUUGACGCGAUAUCGAAGCAGAUCACGGACCUCAAGAAGGAGGUCAACAAACGUGAGCAGCAGAAGAAGGAAAUGGCCGACGUCAUCGAGCAGGACACGCUCGUGGAGAUCAAAGGCCGAAGGCCGACCAAGCUGCCCGAAGUGUUUGUCCGUCCAGCGCUAGACGGGAAGCGGUUGCCGGGCGAAGUGGAGAUCCACCAGAAUGGAUUGCGUUACCAAUCUCCCAUGGGCUCGCAGAAGAUUGACAUCCUCUUCUCCAAUAUAAAGCAUCUAUUCUUCCAGCCGUGUGACCACGAGCUCCUCGUGAUCAUUCACGUCCACCUCAAGGCUCCAAUAAUGAUCGGAAAGAAGAAAGCCCAUGAUGUUCAGUUUUACCGCGAGGCCUCUGACGUGCAGUUCGAUGAGACCGGGAACCGGAAGCGAAAGUAUCGGUAUGGCGAUGAAGAUGAGCUUGAGCUUGAGCAGCAAGAGCGGAAGCGACGCCAAAUGCUCAACAAGGAGUUUAAGCUCUUUUCCGAGAAGAUCGCGGAGGCCGCUACAGCCUCGACUGGAGACUCGCUCGAGCCGGAUAUUCCAUUCCGCGAGCUGUCCUUUGAGGGCGUACCGUUCAGGACCAAUGUCCGUCUCCAACCAACGACCGAAUGCCUGGUCCACUUGUCCGACCCUCCUUUCCUCGUCGUCACCCUGGCAGACAUCGAGAUCGCGUCGCUCGAGCGCGUCCAAUUCCAACUCAAGCAAUUUGACAUGGUUCUCAUCUUCAAAGAUUUCACAAAGACGCCGCUUCAGAUCAAUUCGAUCCCCACCGCGCAGCUUGAUGACGUGAAGAACUGGCUAGACUCCGUGGAUAUUCCCCUGAGUGAAGGCCCCGUCAACCUGAACUGGGGUCCGAUCAUGAAGACUAUCAAUGAGGACCCUUACGAGUUUUUCCAGCAGGGCGGCUGGAGCUUCUUGGGCGGCUCAGCUGGCGGAGAAGAGAGCGAGCCGGAUGACGAAUCAGAGACGGAGUCAGAGUUCGAGGCAGAAUCGGACGUCUCGGAGAGCUCUCCCAGUAGCGUAGAGGGCAGUGAUUACUUUGACGGCUCGGACGCAAGCGAGGAUGAGGGGAGCGGCUCCGACUUUGGAUCCGACGAGAGCGAGGGUGACGACUGGGAUGAGCUGGAACGUAAGGCGGCCAAAGCCGAUAAGAAACGUACUGAGGGUGGCCGAGGCCAUGAUUCUGAUGCGGAUUCGGAUCGGCCUCGGAAGAAGGCUCCCGUGAAAGCUAAAGGCAAGACUAACGGCAAGCGGUGAAUCAUCAGGGACAGUUUCGUUGGCCUGUUAUCCAGUUUUUGUGUACUAUUACAUUCAUCUCGCAGCCUGUCUAUCGGUCAUUCGCACUAGUCACGC